AUGUCGUCUUCAAGCUCAAAAGCUCAGAUACAGUCACCGCCUUAUCCAAGCGCAGCCAGAAUAUCUGAUUCACAAUGCUACCCGCAAUAUACUGCUUCUCUCAAAUGCCUAGAAGAAUUUGGUGCUGAGAAAAGUAAAUGCCAACAACAUUUUGAUGUUUACAAGGAAUGCAAGAAAAAGGAGACGUAA